AGCGCCGCCAGACCAGUCAGCUAAAAAACAUUGACAUUUCAGGAGUGUUUUUCAGUGGGUAUUUUUCCUGAUCGCUUUUCCCAGGAAUUCAAGAGAAAUCUCUGAUCAGUGCCUCUGAUUGUUGUGCCAAGAGUCAAGGAGAUCAGUUAGGCAUGUGCAGAAUACUGAUAUACGGGUGUCACAGUGUGGAAAAUCAUAGCACGAAGAAUGGCACAACAACGAUUGUUUUCUGCCGGAAGGAAGGUGUCCAGGAGUCUCUGGAGGACAAGUUUGAGACUGAAAUCCACGUGCCGCACGAUGUUUUGCCGGAGACAAGGGAAUUCAUGUUCCUGCCAUGGGUGAAGGAGGAGGCAGAGGAGAAAAUAGACAUUGAAGAGCCACAUCAGGAAAUUGUGGAAGUGAUUGCUGGCUUUUCCGAUGAUGACGACUCCGAUGACCUGCAGGAAGUCGUUAAAGAGGAAUUGAUGUUGACAGAGGAGGAGGAGAUUGAGAAGAAGCCAAGGCCAACACGAAAGUUGAGAAGAAGAGCGUCCGGAGGCGCGAAGGACCAGGAAUCUUAUGACUACGUCACGGAGAAUGGACGAUUGAAGUGCGCCCAGUGCCAGAAGAGCCUCAAGACGAGACGCAGCUACCGGAAUCACAUGAAGCUGCACAAGAGGCGGAGAUUUGAGUGCGAGAGCUGCGGAAGAGGCUUCUCGAGUCUGGAGAAGCUGGAGAGACACAUGCGCGUGCACACGGGCAAGAAGCCCUUCCUCUGUGAGCUCUGCUCCCGCAGCUUUGACUACCGUCACAGCCUGGAUGUUCACAUGCGGAGCCACACGAAGGAGCGCCCCUAUUCGUGCCAUCUCUGCACGAAGACGUACACCACGAAAGGCAAUCUCAAUCUUCACUUGCGCGCUCACGCCGGCGUGAAGAUGUUCGUGUGCGAGAUCUGCGGCAAGUCCUGCGACACCAGAGGCAAUCUGCGCAAGCACAUGGAGAUUCACAAUGACGAGAGGAUCUUCGAGUGCAAGAUCUGCCAGAAGACAUUCCUCCAUCCGGCGUCCAGGGAUCGUCAUCUCAAGUCGCAUACCGGCGAGAAGAAGCACAAGUGUGAUAUCUGCGACAAGGCCUUCAUGCGACGCGAUCACGCUAAGAAUCACAUGGCGCUGCACGUCAAGAAGGGCAAGGAUCGCUUUUAGAAAAGCCUCCCGGACAGUCAUAACCUCACAUUCCCAUGAGGAAAACAGCGCCGCGUAGCGGAUGGCGGUAUUUGUGCGAAGGUGUGAAAAUGUGCAUUUUCACCUUAAUUUCCCUGUAUUUUUUGCAUUUAAUGUGGUUAGUUAAUAGUAUUUAGAGUAAUGCAAGGUGAAAUACAAGUAUUAAAAGCGAA